UGGGCAAUUUAAUUAUUUUCAGUGUAUUGGAGCAAUAAAACUCAACUUAUUGUCAAGUUUAUUGACAAUAUUAUCAACAUUCAGGUGAACAGCUUUCUAUUAGAAAUUUCUUAACCGUCCCUGGUUUUGCAUCACGCAGCCGGUUGGAUUUUUGGGUUUUGUUUCAUUUUAUAAAUGAAAAGUUCUGAAUGAAUUUAAUCUUCAUGAUUAUUUUAAGAAAACGUAGUGAUGUAUUUGAUUGAUAUAUUUUCAUCCAAUUCCUUCAUACCUCAAGAUUUUGAAUAAACUAUUUUAUAGCAUUCUAGCUAUAAUUUGGAUCAAUUUUAACUGUUAUCAGUGAUUCCAUAUAUUGUGAUAAACUUCCAAUAUGAGUUUUUAUUAUUUUGUUAAUUGUAUAUCACUAACUUUUUUACCUUUGUUUUUUGUCUAUAAAUUUACACCUCUGUCUGAAUAUGGCUCCAUUUACCGGUGUUCAUUCGCUUUAUUUGCAUAUCUUGUUGUGCAGAUAGUAAAAUUAACGAUCAUGGCUACACUCCCUUUACCUGCCUUUCUUUUUGAUCAUUUAAUUGACUGCCUAGGUUUAUAUUAUGUUCUGGUCAAGCAACAAAAAGCUAGUUUAAUUCAAGUAAAAAUAUUAGGAGUUGCUGUAGGAUGGAGCUUCGGCGAAUCUAUUCUGACACGACUAAUCGACUUCUAUGUAAAUGCAAAAUCUAUGCAAUUCGACUGGAGACACAUCAUAAGUGCCAUGGAUGCCAAUGUAACACUGAUUCAAACAAUCUGCACUUGCACUUUGAUUUGGAACUAUUCACGAGGGAACAAGAAACUUCCUCUAACCAUAUUGUUGAUUUAUUUCACCGGUUUAUCAAUACUUUCCUUCAGUUUCGUUUUCAAAGUCAUUUUGGUAUCACUUCUAGCGAUUGCCACUUUUAUAGCUACUUGCUACUUACAGUAACAUAAUGGGCAGCAUAUUUUCCAUAAAUUAAUUAAUUCGAAUGUCAACUUUGUACAUCUGGUGAAACUAACCACUUUAUAAAUUAUUUAUAGAUCACACAAAUUAUUACAAUAAAUUUAGCUUGGAAUAAUUGA